UUCUGGGAAAUGGAGUCUGCGAAGGCCGAGCAUUGGUUGGAAGCGGGGACGUCAGAACCCUCUGCGCAGGCGCACUGCUUUCCUGACCUGAAGAGGCGCCGUCUUCCUGGGUCCUGAACUGGAGCUUUGCCUCAUUGGGACUCGGCUCCUCUCCACGAGGAGGGCGCACGCGAGGGAAUGGCUGCUGUGUCUUCGACCGCCAGGUGCCAGGACCCGGUGACAUUCGAGGACGUGGCUGUGGUUUUCACAGAUGAAGAGUGGAGGCGUCUGGUCCCUAUUCAGAGAGACCUGUACAAGGAGGUGAUGCUGGAGAACUAUAAGAGCGUUGUCUCGUUGGGACUUCCAGUGCCUGGACCGGAUGUGAUUUUCCAGUUGAAGAGAGGGGAUGCACCUUGGAUCACGGAGCUUCAUGGAUCUGAGGGGACAGAGUGUACAGAGAAUGUCUCUCUAGACAGGGAGACUAAGCCUGAGAUUCAAGGUCCUUCAGAAGUAGAAAAAUCAGAAGGACCAUUGAGCGAAAAGCUUGGAAGAAAAGGUCCUCUGUGUCCUAAAUUGGAGUUUCAUGCCCUGGAGGGUGGGUUGGAAACAGAGAAGGAAAGCCCUGCAGCGGAGGCCUGCAAGAAGUCCCUUUCCCGGGAGGAAGGCUUGCGGCGCCGGUCAGCCCCUCCCAGGAAAACUCUCACCAAAGAGCGGGACCAGGAAUGCAGUGACUGCGGGAAGACCUUUUUUGACCACUCCUCCCUUAUCCGCCACCAGAGGACUCACACUGGAGAAAAGCCCUAUGACUGUCCUGAGUGUGGGAAAGCCUUCAGUCACAGGAGCAGUCUCAGUAGGCACCUGAUGUCGCACACUGGGGAGAGCCCCUACGAGUGCAGUGCCUGUGGGAAAGCCUUUUUCGACCGUUCAUCCCUAACUGUACAUCAGCGAAUUCAUACUGGGGAGAAGCCCUUUAAAUGCAAUGAGUGUGGGAAAGCCUUCUUUGACCGUUCGUCCCUCACUCGACACCAGAGAAUUCAUACUGGAGAAAGUCCUUACGAAUGUAAUCAGUGUGGGAAAGCCUUCAGCCAGAAAAGCAUUCUUACUCGACAUCAGCUCAUCCAUACGGGCAGGAAGCCUUAUGAAUGUAACGAGUGUGGGAAAGCCUUCUAUGGCGUCUCCUCUCUGAACAGACAUCAGAAAGCUCACGCCGGAGAACCCCGCUAUCAGUGCAGUGAGUGUGGGAAAGCUUUCUUUGACCGCUCCUCCCUUACACAGCAUCAGAAGAUUCACACUGGAGACAAGCCAUAUGAAUGCAGUGAAUGCGGGAAAGCCUUUAGCCAGAGGUGCCGGCUUACACGACACCAGCGAGUUCACACAGGAGAGAAGCCCUUUGAAUGCAGCGUGUGUGGGAAAGUUUUCAGUUCUAAAUCAUCAGUUAUUCAACACCAGCGGCGUUAUGCCAAACAGGGAAUAGACUGAGUUGGGCAAAAAUUUUAGUCACAGGACCCCCAUGAAAACUUAAGAUGGGGGUUCCCCAGCUUAGACAAACCCAUCACCUGAUCAUUCUGUGUGUUCUGGCUGCUGCUCCCCUUUCCUGCCUCUGCUGCCACAGUGUUUGAAUGCACACCCUCUACCCACUGUGUGAUAGAGCUGACAUGGGAUGGAUGCCAGAAAUUCGGAUGUGACUUUAAAGAGUCAACACUUGGCAGAAGUUUGUCAGACAACAGGGAUCGCCGUUAGGAGGCCAUCCUCAGACACACCUCUUGUCCGAGGCCCCAGGUCUCACUGCACUUUAAAUAACUGGAGGCUACAACAGGUGGGGAAAGGCAGCCUUGUGCCAGAGCAGUACUGUUGUUUCCGGAACAGUUCUUUUUUUGUAGCUGUUAGUCCCUCUCCCUUGGAGCUUUUUUUGGGUACUGACCUCAUUCUGUUGUUUCCCAGCUUCUAGAUCUCCCAAUACUGCCACCACCACUAGCUAGCACUUACUGAGUGCUUAUUAUGGGACAAGCACUCAGCUGAGAGUAUUGUAAGGAGUAGAUUAUUUGGUCCUCUCACCAACCCGCUCAUGAGUACUGUCACUACUCACAUUUUACAGGUGAGCAAACUGAAGUCUGGAGGGUUAAGUAACUUACCCCAGGUGACAGCUAGUCAAAAGUGAAGCCAGGUCGUAAAUACAGGUCUCCCUUCAAAGUCUAUUCUCUGUACCAUUUUAUGCUAUAAUGUUUAUAAUUUAUAUACAGGUACUGUCUCCUCACCCAGAUUGUAAGCACUUGGAGGUGUGACUUGGAUGUCUUUGUGUCUCACACAGUGCCUUGCAAAUAACAGGUGCUCAAUAAACAUUUAACUGAAGUAAUGACUUUCUGACUUACCAAGUUCUAUUUAAAACACCUCUUAGAUUCACAUCGUUUCUCUUGAGUUUUCACAGUCUGGCCUGUACCUUUAUCACCUCAGGGUCCUGUUACUGCAGGAGUCACUCCCUGUUUCAGAUUCUUUCCUCUUCAUUUUUGAGGAGGUGUGUGUUAAGCUAUGGUGCAGUAACAAGUAAGCCCCAAAUAAACAAAGAUUCAUUUCUCAUGUAGAAUCUGAUGUGAGUCAGUCUGUCUUGCUUCAUCCUUAUCAUUUAGAACAUGUUGCCUCCAGGGUCAUCAUGGAAGAGAAAUCUGGAGGAGAUUUUAGGAUAUUUUUAAGGGCCAUCACUUCUGUUUAUAUCUCAUACACCAGACCCCAGCACCAAGAGGCUAGGAAAGUAAACAGGCACCUCAAUAUUGGGUUAACAGCAGCAGCCUCUGUCACAGUUACAUUUUGCAUAUUACUGUUAGACCAGUCUUUUCAAAUGACCCCUUUCCUGCCCAUCAUUGCUUUACUCAAGACCUACAGAAGCUCCCUGUUUAGUGAACAUGUCCCUGAAUAUUUGUCUGCCUUGACGUGGUCCUGCAUUGCUGAACUUGAAGUCCCAACUUCCCAAACCCUCUGUUCCCUGGGCCCAGCCAUGUAUUUUUAUUUUGUUGAAGAUCAGGCAUCAGGAAACUUUCACUCUAGGCAUCUGCAUUCCUUUUCUAUUGGCUUAAGGUGAUGCCCAGAAGAGGACUUGAUUCUGAAAGGCUGUCUGGAGCUUAGCUCUCCCUGCAUGAAUCCAAGUGGACCAAAAUGCAUUUCUCCUUGGGAGUUAAAGUCUGAUUCAAGAAACUGGAUUGCCAAACAGAUCCUCAGCAUACAAACAACCCUAUUGAUCAGUCUUAGAGCAGAUGAGCAGCAGGGAAGACUUUUCACAUGUGGACUUUCAAAGCAACUUGAGGAAAAACACAGUGCAGAAUCUAUCAUAGUGGAUAAUAUCUGCUAUUAUUUAAUAAUUUCAAGUAGAAAAUAAAAGGAACUAUUGACAAAC